CUCCGGACGCUUUAGAGCGACGCGCUGAGUGAAACAUGUGAAUUACCAAAACAAAGCACGCGGUUUAAACAGCAGAUAAACUCUAUCAAAGCGGGAAUUCGGGGCAGAAAUGGUGGGGAAAAUAAAGCGGGCGCGACAGAAGCUCCACCACGGAGCUGUGAGGGUGGAGGCGGAGAAGGCGCCUGUAACCGCGCAGCUGAAGGAGCUGAACACCGUCUUAAAGCCUGCGGCUCGACCCGAACCCCCGCAGGACAGACCUGCUGAGAAGACCCCGGACCCGAAGGCCUUUAACUUCCCGAAGGGAAUAUUUGCCGGGACCAAAAUCACUCCAGAGACUCUGGUCCAGACUCUGAAAUUCGAUGAACCUUCACCGCUCCGAACCACGAAGCAAGCCGCCGAGGAGCAGAAAGGUAGAGAAGAGAAGAAACAGCAGUCGAAGAAGGAGAAGAUGAAGGAGAGGAGAGAGCGAUGGCUGAACAAGAUCAGUGCGAUCAAAGUGGCCCGUGAGCAGCAGGUGGCACUGGAGCGCAGGAAGGCCACGCCGGUGGUGGGGGAUAUGCAGGUGCUGGCCGAUGCUCUGCCUGAACUGACCCAGCUGCUGCCCUCGGUCAGAGAGAGUGCUACUGCAUCAGCACAGAGGAGACACAAAGGUCUGGUCAGGAAGAAAGCAGAGCCCACAGACUACUACCAGAUGAAGCCUGCGCAGAAGAGAAAACUGCUGGAGACGGAAGCAUCCCGUUUCAGCGAGGCGAUGAAGGACCCCACCUUUAAGGCCAACCCCCUCGCAGCAAUUGGAGAGCACCUGAGAAAACGCCUCAGACAGGAGGACGAGCAGAGUUAAUCCCACCUGUCCCCCACCCCCCACAGACUGUUCCAUACCCAUGCCUCCUCUGUACCCAACACGCUGACCACCAGUAACUCAAAACCACCCUGGACAAGCAGCCGGUGCCAUAACCAGCACAGGAGCCUUAUUAAAGGGGCAGUCCAGCACGGUCAGGACUUUAAAGUGCCCAUAUAGUAGAAAAACCCUCCAUGUAUGUUAAUAUAUAAACAUUGUUAACGUUUCAAAACACCUGUUCAUUCCUCAGUCUGUAGAGUCCAUAUGUAGGAACUAAGCUGCAGCCUGUUUGGAGUUGAUUGUUUUUGUGAUGUCACAACAAAUAACAUUUGAGCGGUUGGAUAUAUAUAUAAAGCUUAUUGCAAUUUAGCCCCGCCCAUCCACACAAGUUUCAAGGAAUGUUCCAGCCUGGACGACAUUUUUUUGAAUGAGACACAAAACAGGGCAGCCAAUCAGAACGGACCUCAUUUACAUGUCACAAAUGUAAAUGUAAUAAAAAGCCUGUUUAAUUCUAAGGAAGAUAAAGGUUGAAAAUUGUCAUGUAAAAAGGAAUUAUGACUAUUUUGGGAGCAUAACUUCAUAUUUGGACUUCAGGGUGGAAAUAUAAAAUGCACGAAAAAUGUAGGAUAUGGGCCCUUUAAUGUUUCGUUCUAUUAUACUAAUCAGUUUAAGCAACAUUCUUCACUUUUUUCAAUGAAAGAAAAUAUGUAAAGCUGUUUAUCUGGGCAGGUUGUGUUUAUUUGCUUAAAACCAUAAGCACAAAUAAACAAGUAAGUAAUUUAUUGUGAUUUUGUGUGUCGGUGUGUUGAUUUAGCCGCCUGCUGUCAUUGAGAAACCUCAGUGUUACGCUUACCGUCUAACAGCUGCUCCUUCAGUUAAAUCACUUUUUUACUGUGAUGAUUUGUGUUUAUUUAGUAUUUUACAUCCAAAAACACACAAACUGCCAAGAUAACUAGUUUUUCAUUUUUCAUAUGUGUGUACGUUUUGCACAGAGUUGUGUUUUUUCCUAUUGUUGAGGUUUGGAAUUACUCAUAUCAAUAACUCUUAUUUCAUAUGCAGUAAUAACAUGUAUGAUGUAGAUUUGAAUGUUGUAAGCUAGAUGAUAGGAAGGUGUUUAGUAUGUCAAGUGUUUUGGGAUUAAGGAGUUAUUCAGUGAUGAAUCAUAUGCUGUAAUUUUCCAGUUAAUUUUGAGAUUUGAUGAGCAUUCUGGAAAUGAGGUGGUUUAUAAAGUCUUAAUUUUACCCAUUCUUCCGAAUCAUCUGCAGGACUAACAUAUUACAAUAUGAUCAUUUCUACAUUUA